CUGAGAACAUGGCUAAUGGCAAACCUUCCCGUAGAAGUCAUAAACUAUGCUGUGGUGUUACAGCAACUUUCUUUGUUAUCUUUGUCAUUGUUAUCAUAACCUUGUUCUUUACCAUCUUCAAGCCUAAAGACCCCAAAAUUUCCCUCUACCCUGAAGGCAUAAAAAACAUUGACUUCUCGGCCUUAACACCUAAUGUCACAUUGUCAUUAGGCACUGUUGUUGCAAUUGAGAACCCAAACUAUGGAAGCUUCAAGUACAAAAACGCCACGUCUUAUGUUACUUAUCAUGGGGAAGUUGUGGGUGAAGCUUCAAUAGAGCAAAGAUAUGUGCCUGCACGCCACAAGCUUAACAUUACAACUUCUGUGGAGCUUAAGGCUGGUAAAUUGCUAAUCAAUCCCCAUUUAUUAUCUGAUUUUGCUGGUGGGAGCUUGAAUUUGACUUCAACAGCCGUGUUGCCUGGGAAAGUGAUUGUGCUAAACAUCUUCAAGUUCCAUGCCACUGUUUAUAACAAUUGUAAUAUAUCUGUUUUUAUUAGUCCUCAGACAGUUGAGUCUAUAUGCAAGACCAAACUCAAGUUAUAA